CCAGCUCCGACUGCCUGAGUCCCCGGCCCGUCCUCGCCGGCAGCUCUCCAGCACUUGAUUCGCGGCAAGUGAGAGAGGCAGGAAUCUCAGCAAGCUCCAGACCGCGACUUGCCCUCUGAGGGCGCCAGAAGCGGCGGGCGACAAGAAGCGGCCCGGUGGAGCGUGGUGGCAAUGAGCAGCCCCGAUGCUGGAUACGCCAGCAGCGACGACCAGGCGCAAGGACGGUGCUCGACGUUCCCUCCUCCCCUCAUGAUGCAGUGCCAGUGGGCAGAGUCGCUGAGCCCCCUGGCAGAUGGCAAGGGCAAGGGCGAGGCGGCGGCCGACCCAACGCAACAGGGCGGGUCGGGCCGGGGGGCCAAAGGCGAAGCCCGCAUCCGCCGCCCCAUGAACGCCUUCAUGGUUUGGGCCAAGGACGAGCGCAAGCGGCUGGCGCAGCAGAACCCGGACCUGCACAACGCCGAGCUCAGCAAGAUGCUCGGUCAGUCGUGGCGCGCGCUGUCGGUGGCGGAAAAGCGCCCCUUCGUGGACGAGGCGGAGCGGCUGAGGCUACAGCAUAUGCGGGACCACCCCAACUACAAGUACCGGCCGCGGCGCAGGAAGCAGGUGAAGCGCCUCAAACGCGGCGACGGCAGCGUGGCGGACGGAGGCGGCGGCUUUCUCCAGCCCCAGCCUCACCAGCUGGGUCUGCCUAUGGAGACGGGAAGCGGAGGGGGCUGCGAGGGCCUGGGACUCCCCUACUCGGAGCAGCCGGGCUAUGCAGUCGGGAGCUUCCACUACCGGGACUGCGCGCCUCUGCCGCUGCCCUCUCUAGGCGCUCACUUCGGGAGCUACAACCUGCCCACCCCUGAGCCCGACUCCCAGAGUGGCGCCUGCAUAGAGUCCACCUUUUUCCCACCGCCUCAGCCAGAGGAAGGCGGCUGCCUGCUGGGCCCCUACGGUUACCCCACGCCUCCCGGGCCCGAGUAUCCUUGCAACAGCGCCCCCGCCGGCGGCCACAGGAAUAGCAGCAGCAACGCUAGCCUUGGCAUGGGGCACUUCCGCAGCCGCUUCCCGGCGCCCUUGGCCGCCUACUCCUCGCCUGUCCAGGAUCCCGGGCACCCGCAGCCCCAGCAACCACCUUGUCGACGCGGGGAGGUCAGCAGCCUGGAGCACCUGCCUCCGCACGACGUGGAGCUGCUGGCCGACGUAGACCGUGCUGAGUUCGAGCAAUACCUGCCUUUCAGCUGCCGGCCCGCAGAGCUUGGACUGCCCUACCCGGGCCACGAGGGGGGCUCUGAGGCAAGCCCAGCCACUGCCUACUACUGCGCAACCGCCGGCGGAGGCGGGGCCUAUCCCGAGCUGUGAGACUGUGCUGCAGGCUAUUGCGGGGGCGGGGGGGGGGGAGCAGGGACCUCUUUGGUUCUAUUUAUUGUAAUUUAUUGACUGAACGUUUUUAGAGACCAGUCUUAAACUUUGAGCAGGGAAAAACGUUUCUGCGACCCGCCGGAAGGUUGCCUCUUGCUGAACUCUUUGCAUUCUCAGGGUCUGGGAAGGUAUCCCUGUCGACGGCCUCGCAGCUUGAAGGCGAACGUGGCAGAUGACCUGACUGAUUUGAACGGGACCUCCGACUUCUGGUUGUAUGCAGAUCCCCUUUGUACAGAAUGGCUCUGGACUCUCGUUGUCUGUACACUAGUAAAAUUUGACUUGGAAACAACUCGGCAAUUAAAUAAGGCGGUUGUGAGAA